AGAAAGAGAGAGAGAGAGCAUCGACCGGGUCGGCAAAAACCUAGGCGGCAAGGCUCACCUUGACACAUCAAGGCCGAUCGCAGCCAAAAUGGACGGCGCCGGUGGUGGCCGCGAGUAUGGCGGCAGGGUCACCGCGUUUGUUGCGCUCUCCUGCAUCACGGCGUCCAUGGGCGGCGUCAUCUACGGCUACGACAUCGGGGUCGCGGGAGGCGUGUCGUCCAUGGAGCCGUUCCUCGGGGAAUUCUUCCCAGACGUGUACCGCAGGAUGAAGGGCGACUCACGCGUAAGCAACUACUGCAAGUUCGACAGCCAGCUCCUUACGCUCUUCACCUCCUCCCUCUACAUCUCAGGGCUGCUCACGGCGGUCCUACUAUCGUCGUGGGUCACGGCCAGCUGCGGGCGCCGGCCCUCCAUGAUUGUCGGUGGCACGGCAUACCUCGCCGGCGCGGCGGUCAGCGGCGGGGCUGUGAACGUGUACAUGGCGAUCCUCGGUAGGGCGCUGCUCGGUGUCGGGCUAGGAUUUGCCAACCAGGCAGUGCCACUCUACUUAUCGGAAAUGGCACCCACACGAUACAGGGGAGCCUUCAGCAAUGGCUUCCAAUUCAGCCUAUGUCUCGGAGAUCUCGCCGCGACCGUCACCAACUAUGGCGUGGAGAAGAUCAAGGCAGGUUGGGGCUGGAGGCUCUCGCUGGCCUUUGCAGGCAUCCCUGCCGUGUUUCUCACUGUUGGCUCCAUUUUCCUGCCGGAGACACCCAACAUCCUCGUCCGACAAGGAAAAGACCGUCUAGUGGUCAGGGCAUUACUACACAAGUUGAGAGGCUUUCAAGCCGUCGACCAAGAGCUAGAUGAUAUCAUUGCUGCUAACAUUCUAGCUGCAAAGCCGGGCGACAAUGGUAUGCACAUGAUCUUGUCACAGCGGCAGUACCGCCCGCAGCUCGCCAUGGCCAUCCUCAUACCAUCCUUUGUGCAGCUUACCGGAAUCAGCGCCAUUGGGUUCUACGCGCCGGUGCUGCUACGCAGUAUCGGCGUGGGUGAGAGUGCAUCCCUGAUUUCAACUAUCAUCCUUGUUUUGGUCUCAUCGGUGUCAACCUUCAUAUCCAUGUUCACCGUCGACCGCGUUGGUAGGCGGACCCUCCUUCUCAUCGGUGGCAUCCAAAUGAUCCUAUGUGAGGUCCUUAUCGGUGCUAUCAUGGCUAUAAAGCUUGGCGAUGAUGGUGGGAUCAACAAGACUUACGCGAUCAUCCUCAUUUUUCUCAUGGGUGUCUAUGUAGUCGGCUUCGGAUUGUCCUGGGGCCCAUUGGGCUGGCUAGUGCCUAGUGAGAUUUUCCCGUUGGAGAUCAGGUCAGCCGGGCAAAGCAUCACUGUGGCAUUAUGCUUUGCAAUGACCAUAUGCAUUUCACAGUUCUUCCUGACCAUGCUUUGCCAGAUGAAAGCAUACUUGUUCUUUUUCUUUGCCGGUUGGAUCGUGGUGAUGACAGCUUUUGUCUACUUCUUCUUACCGGAGACCAAGGGGCUACCGAUUGAGCAAAUUGGCAAGGUGUGGGGCAAGCACUGGUUCUGGAAGAAGGUUGUGGGGGUUGGCGAGGUGGCUGUGGGCUAUUAAGAAGCUCUCAAAGUUGUAUUUGUAUUUCAUGUCCUCCCUCCUAUCCAAAUAAGUGUCGUGGUUUUAGAUCAAAUAUGUACUAAAACCAUGACAUUUAUUUUGAAUCAGAAGGAGUAAUAUUUUGCGCUUGUUUUUGACUCAGUUGUAAAAGUUACACAAGUAUACUAUUGUACGAGCAGCUAUAAUGAUAGUGGGUGUUGUUUGUAAA